AUGAUCAGCAAAACCAUUUCUGGUGCAGAGAGAACAGAAGCCCAGAGAUCCCAGCAGCCAUGGCCUCAGCAACUCCGGUACGGGAAAUUUCAAGAGGAAACCUACUGUCCCAUCUGCCUGGAAUAUCUGACGGACCCAGUGAUCACAGAGUGCGGGCACAACUUCUGCCGAGGCUGCAUCACUCAGCGCUGUGAGACAUGGACAGAGCUGGGCUCUGACCCUUUGUGCUGCCCUAGCUGCGGAGUCCAAAUCCGGAAAGGGGCUCUCCGGAAUAACUAUCAGCUAGGAAAUAGAGUGGAAAAAAUCAAACAACUGGAUUUCAAACCAGGAAAAGAGACUCUGUGUGAGAGACACGGCAAAGCCCUGGAUCUGUUCUGUGAAGAGGACGGGGAAGCCGUGUGUGUGGUUUGUGAGAGAUCCCCCCAGCACAGAUCUCACACGGUGCUGCUCAUGGAUGAUGCUGCCGAGAAAUACAAGGAAAAAAUCCAGGCUCAUUUGAAGACUCUGAGGGAGGAGAGAGAAAAGCUGCUGGGAUCUAAAGUGACUAGAGAGGAGAAAAGCCCAAAGUAUCUGAAACAGAUAGAAAAGAAGAGGCAGCAAAUUGUAGCUGAUUUUCAGCAACUGCACCAAUUCCUGGAGGAACAAGAGCAGCUCCUGCUGGCCCAGCUGGAAAAGCUGGAGGAGGAGAUAACGAAGAUACAGAAUGAAAAUAUCACCAAAGUCUCUGAGGAAAUUUCCCAUCUCAGUAACCUGAUCAGUGAGCUGGAGGGGAAGUGUCAGAAGCCAGCAAGUGAAUUCCUGCAGGACAUCAGAAGCACCUUGUCCAGGUGUGAGAAGGGGAAGUUCCAGCAGCCAGAGGAGAUUUCUCCUGAACUGGAAAAGAGACUCAGCGAUUUGUCCCAGAAAACUCUUGCUCUCAUGGAGCCUCUGAGGAAGUUCAAAGGUACCUAGAAGGGAUCUAGAGUGGAAAUUGGGAAAAGCUUUUGUGGCUGUGGGAGGAGAAUGGCUCUUGGCAAUUGGUUCAUAGUUAGAUGAUGCUUCUCUUUAAUUCUUGGGUGAGAAUGUCACACACUUGGGGUCCAAGUCACCCUGAUUGAUUGAUUCAAACCUUUGUUUCUACCAAAAGCCUGCCUUGCCAUUACAGUUACUCUUAAAGUAAGAAAUGACAGACAUACAGAAAGAAGAACUAGCCAAUUAUCUUCUCCUGGGCCAUAGGCAGGUCACAGUGAAUUUCUCCUAUGAAGCUCCGAGAACCCCUUACAAUGUCUGACAUAUUAUACGUGUCCAAAUGAUGUAUGUAUUAGUUCUUUUCCAAUCAUCUUUGAGUGUUAUCAAUAUUAAAUAGCGUAUAUAGCUCAUACAAUACACAUACAUGAACUUCCUAAUUGGCAGGUCUUUGGAUGUCCAAGCUAUGUUCAUGUUGUUGUUCUCUUUUCUGAUUGAAAUAUUAUUAAGAUUCAGAUUUCAGCUCAGAUUUUUUUAGUAAAAAUCACAGAAAGGUCCCGAACAAUAAACAAAACUUCACGGAAGCCUGUGACCUGUCCGUGAUUUUUACUAAAAAUAUCCCUGACAAAAUAGGGAAGAAGGAGGGUCCAGCACCCACAGUGACUGGGGACUCUGGGGUCCCCUACCCCUCCCCACCCCCCACAGCAGUUGGGAGCUCCGAGGCAUCUGCUGCAGCUGGGAACUGCUGAGGGCCCGCUGCCAGCAGCAGCUGAGAGCUGCAAGGCUCCCUGCUGAUCUCCAUGA